AUGGUGGCCGAUAGCAAGUCCAAAUCUGACAUUUCGUUCGCUGGAACUUUUGUCAGCAGCGCUUUCUCCGCUUGUUUUGCAGAGAUUUGUACUAUUCCAUUGGACACUGCUAAAGUUAGGCUUCAGCUCCAAAAGAAAGCUGUUGCAGGUGAUGGAGUGGCCUUACCUAAAUACAGGGGUAUGCUGGGUACGGUUGCUACCAUAGCCAGGGAAGAAGGUCUAUCGGCACUCUGGAAGGGAAUUGUACCUGGAUUACAUCGUCAAUGCCUAUAUGGAGGUUUGAGAAUUGGGUUGUAUGAUCCUAUUAAGACCUUAUAUUGCGGCAGCGACUUCGUCGGAGAUGUUCCUUUAACAAAGAAGAUACUUGCUGCCUUAACAACUGGUGCUCUAGCAAUCACAGUGGCAAAUCCAACUGAUCUUGUGAAAGUUAGACUUCAAGCUGAAGGAAAAUUACCCCCCGGUGCACCAAGGCGCUAUUCUGGAGCGCUGAAUGCCUAUUCCACCAUUGUGAGACAGGAAGGAGUUGGGGCUCUCUGGACUGGGAUUGGACCCAACAUUGCACGUAAUUCCAUCAUUAAUGCUGCCGAACUAGCCAGUUAUGAUCAAGUGAAGGAGACACUUCUGAAACUUCCAGGGUUCUCCGAUAAUGUUGUCACUCAUCUUCUUUCUGGUCUGGGGGCAGGUUUCUUUGCUGUCUGUAUUGGCUCACCAGUUGAUGUGGUUAAGUCAAGAAUGAUGGGAGAUUCUGCUUACAAAAGCACAAUUGAUUGUUUCCUCAAAACUUUGAAGAAUGAUGGACCUUUGGCCUUUUACAAGGGCUUCAUCCCAAAUUUUGGACGGCUAGGAUCGUGGAAUGUCAUCAUGUUUCUAACCCUUGAGCAGGCUAAGAAGUUUGUGAAAAGUAUAGAGUCAUCAUGA